AUGAAGAUCAAGGAAAACGGUCAUGGUGUCGAUUUAUGGCAUUGGAUACCAUCGCAGUUGAAUGUCGCCGACUUAGCAACGAAGUCUUGUAAGUUUGAAAGUGUGAAGGAAUGGCUAAAGGGUCCGGAUUUUCUGCUCAAAGACAGCAGUGAGUGGCCAACUGAUGCACCGGUGGAAUUGUCACCCACUGAAAUGGUGAGUUGCCAUUCUGAGGUAAUUCUCGAUUUGUCUGCGGGUUCAUUGUGCUGUACCUUGCACGAAGAAAACUUGGUCGACCUGCCCGAUAUUAAACGUUUCUCAGAUUUCAAUCGGUUGAUAAGGUCAACAGCAUACUAUCUGAAAAUGAGAAAAAUAUUGAGAUUACCCAAGAACGAGAAGCCUAAACGUUUAACAAUUACUGUACAUGAUAUGUCCGAUGCGAGAAAUGCGUGGUACAGGAAGGUGCAAUCGGAGGUCUUCAAAGAAGAGCGACGCAGCAUAAAGAAUUCAGGAUUCGUGAAAAGCAGCAGUCGUUUGAGAACCUACUCGCCGUUCCUACAAGAUGGGUUGAUCCGCAUGCGAGGCCGCGUGCAAGAUGACAGCAAGCCGUUCGAAGUUAAUAACCCCGUCAUUCUGCCGGACAAUCAUCCUUUUUCAACAUUACUGAUUCGCAUGUACCAUAUCGCUAAUGCACAUCAAGGCUUAGAAACAGUUGUCAACAACAUCAAGGAACGUCAUCGUAUUCUCCGGAUUCGCUCGCAGGUGAAAAAAUACGUUAUGUCUUGUGUCAAGUGUCGAGAGCUCAGGGCAAGACCUCGAAUUCCGCAGAUGGGAAUGCUGCCGCCAGAACGAACAACUCCUUUCGUAUUCCCGUUUACCAACACUGGAAUAGAUUAUUUUGGAUCACUAUGUGUGUCAAGGUCGGCCGUCGUGUUGAAAAAGAUGGGUGGUACUCUUCACAUGUAUGACUUCCAGAGCAGUGCAUCUCGAAACAAUGGUACCAACUUCACAGGCGCAGAUCAAGAACUAAAGAAGCUAGUGAAAGCUUUGGAUCAGCCACAACUCGAGGACUCAUUGAGUGUGAGAGGUGUCGAAUGGAAAUUCAUUCCACCGGGUGCUCCGCAUUUUGGAGGAUGCUGGGAGCGUUUGGUGCGCUCCGUGAAAAGUGGUCUUCGUGCAAUGCUUAAGGAAAGACAUCCGACGGACUUGGUAUUGCGAACAACAUUAUGUGAGGUGAUGAAUACUGUCAACAAUAGGCCGCUUACACAUGUUCCGGAGCACCCCCAAGAUGUUGAACCUCUGACGCCGAACAUGCUGCUGUUAGGCCGAAACAAUUCGACACAGUUCGAUCACGACUUCGACGAACGAGACUUGGACUGUCGUGCCGCUUACAAGCAAUCCCAGGUUUACGCCGAUCGUUUCUGGCGCAGGUGGCCAGUGACCAAGAUUGUGCUACUCCAGUCCAUCAGCUCGUUUUCGGGCCCGGAGAAUGUUACCAACCCUGUCAGCAGUACAACCACUUUUGCUCGGGUACGGUGA